AUGCAGGAGGCCGGUGACACUCAGCCGGGAUCCCAGAGGGCCUUCAGCGUCCUGGAUCGUCUGCUGUUGACACACCCGGUGUGGCUGCAGCUGUCACUCAAGCAGGACUCCGCCAUCUACAUUCUGCUUCGAGAGCCUGUCGGGACAUUCUUGGUGCGCAAGUGCAGCUCCAGCCAGAGGAAGGUUCUAAGUGUGAGGGUGACGGCCGACAGGGGUUCUUCCUCGGUAAAGGAGUGCUUCAUCUGCGAGGAAGACUACACGUUCGCCUUGGAGAGCUCAGCACUCAGCUUCCCGGACUUGUGUCGCCUAGUGGCCUUCUAUUGCGUCAGCAGGGAUGUCCUGCCUUUCCCUCUACAGCUGCCCGACGCCAUUGCCAAGGCCACGACGCACAGGCAGCUGGAAGCUAUCUCGCACAUGGGCCAAGACUUCUGGAAUUCGCCAAGCGCGUCGGAACUUCAAAACGGACCGCUGACAUCAUCCGGCGGAAGCCCGAUUCAGGUUGCGGUGGCCUCAGACCGAAGGAGUGUUCAAGGCAAGCUGUGCUUUAUUAACCCGCUGUUCCUGCAGCUGGAAGUCUGCAAGCAAUCGGAACUCCAGAACCACAGUGCCUCAAACAAGCGACACCGUUUCAAGCGUAGUAUGCGGCUCCGCCUCUCAGAGUCCUCCAUGAACCUGUCCCUUGAAGGGGUGGGCUCCUACUCGCCACCACCGUCGGUAGAGAGACCCAGUGGGGCCGAUAGGCUGCACGACUCCAAUUCCCAGAGGAGAGUUCAUGCUGGAGCGGGGGUCCUAAGGAGAACCCCUGCUGUGUUGACAGGGUCUGCAGGUUCCGAGGAAGAGGAUAUGAUGGCUUUGUCGGCACGUCAAGUAAGCGGGUCUUCUUUACUUGAAAGACGAGUGUGGGAAAUAAAAUUGUGUAUGCCGUUUAAGGUGGACCGGCUUCCUGAUGUCCAGCAGUCACCGCCGGCAGAGAUGCCAGUCUUCGAAGUCGCUCUCCUGGCCCCGCAGCGCCAGCCGGCUCCGUCUCUGGCUGAGCUGGACAGCAACAGCUCCUUCAGCAGUCUGGACGAGGAAAAUGAUUCGGAUCCGGAGUCUGAGAGUGGUGUCCAAAGUCGAGUCGGGGGUUCGCGGCGGCCACCUCUGGUGCGCUCGCGAGGUCGCGGCGGCCUGCACCGUAUGAGCGAGGCAUUUGUAUGUUUCUUCGCUCCGGACAAGCGGCUGGCAAGACUGGUGGAGGAGCUGUCCCGGGACAGGCGCUCCAUCUUCGGAGGGAUGGUGCAGGAUUUCCUGCAGGCUCAGAGGGAGCUGCUCAAAUCUCACGCCGCCUCUUCGUCGUGUGCGACCUCUGUGGAACUCUUGCAGGGCGUGCGCCUCUUCCUUUCCCAGGCCAAGUGUUGUUUACUGGAAAGCGGCGAGCUAGAACCUCCCAUUGAAACAUUGGUGCCGGAAAAUGAGAAAGAUCUGGCCCUGGAGCGUGCCAUGUUUUCCUGUGUGCUCCGUCCUCUGAAAUCUCACCUGGACAAAGCCUUGACAGCGCUCCACCAGCGGGACACCUUCAGCCAGCGCUUCAGCCGAAACCUCAUGCGCGUGAAAGAUCAGGGCGCCGCAGAGCGCUUGGGCUUGCGCACCGGGGUCCCCGACGGUCGGCAGGUGGACAAGGUGAAGCAGAAGUUGGCUCUAAUGCGGCGCACACACUCACCUGUCGACAAGGUGUUGCUGCUGCUGCAGGUCUGCAAGUGCGUGCAGAAGGCCUCGGGUGCCGUCCAAGGGCAGGUAGUGAGCUGGGAGGACUUCCUGCCGGUACUCUCCUACGUGAUCGUUGAGGCCAACAGGCCUCACGUCCUGAUGGAGGUGGAAUACAUGAUGGAGCUCCUGGAGCCAUCCUGGCUCAGCGGUGAAGGUGGCUCCUACUUGACCAGCGUGUUUGCCAGCUUGCAUCUGAUCCAGAGUCUGGACCCGGACAAACCCGUAUCAGGCUGCGUGACAUCCGAGGCCCGGGAAGCUCUGAAGCAAUGGCGUUGUCGGCGAAGCCGUGAGGCUCAGAGGCAGAAGGAGAACCUGCAGAGCCAGAGGUGCGUUCGGAUACUAUUCCAGGACGGGGAACGGAGCGCCGUACGGACCUUGCAGUGGCGAGUGGGAGAGAGCAGCCAAGCCCUGGCGCAGCUGUGCGCCGACACCUUCGGCGUGUCUGACCCGCAGCAGUACACGCUAUACUGGCGCAGCGGCGGCGAAAUGCGCGCCCUACCGGCGCAGGCCCAGCCCCAGGACCUGGCGGGUCACAGCGAGGGAGGACCCUCCCUCUCCUACCUGAGGACCGACCAUGACUUCAGCAAGAUGCGGCGGCUCACCCGAGGUGGCGCCGUGGACCUGAGUGAGUCGGUGUGCGAGGAGUGA